AUCUGGCAACACAUUGUAGUGGUGUCAAUAAAUGUCAGAACGUCUUUUUUCUUCAACAAAAUCCAAUUCGUAAAUCCAUCGCUUCCAACAGCACAAAAUAUUAGUCUGUUUAAAUGUUUUUGAAUGAGAAGGAACUGUGUAAAUUAAAAUGGGUGAUGCUAGUGAAUGUGUUAUUAAUUGGACCAACGAACAAGUUGCCCAAUGGGCUAAAAGUGAACACCUAAGCAAAACGAUUGAGGAGCUAAUAAUUGGUGAAGACAUAGAUGGAAAAUGCAUUCUUUGUUUAGAAGAACGAGAUAUUCAUACGUUUCGCGAAAAAUAUUCGUAUAAUUUAAAAUUCGGUGACAUCAAACGGUUUUGGAUUGCUAUCAGAUUACUGCAACGGGAUCAUCAAAAUCUAGCAAAUUUAUUCGGUUUACACGAUUCAGGUCAUACGCCACACCAAUUGCAUGAUAUAGUACACCUGAAUGACAUUGAUUCUAACAAUCGAAUAUCACCCCCAUUGUCAAUUGAUGGACGAGCAACCACAAUUCAACCGGAACUAUUCAAAACCUUUAUUAGCUUAGCUUAUGCGUUCCUUGUAACAUGGAUAACCGCUAUAGUCAUGGUUAUCGUGCACGAGCGAGUUCCAGAUAUGAAACGGUAUCCUCCGCUACCCGAUAUAUUUUUAGAUAACGUGCCACACAUACCGUGGGCAUUUUGCAUGUGUGAACUGACUGGAACACUUUUAUUUAUAAUUUGGGGUAGCUUGCUUGUGGUGCAUAAACAUAGAAUGGUUUUAUUGCGACGGUUUUUCGCAUUGGCUGGAACCGUAUUUUUGCUGCGAUGCGUUACAAUGUUGAUUACGUCGCUCAGUGUUCCGGGAACCCAUUUGCAAUGUAAUCCAAACGAUCAUCAAAUUGAUGAUACAAACCUGACACCGAUGGAGUCGGUUCUGCUACGCAUAUCAAGGGCGUACACGAUUUGGAGUGGUUUGGGAAUGUCGAUUAGGGGUGUUAGAACUUGUGGUGAUUAUAUGUUCUCUGGACAUACUGUAGCUUUAACAACUUUGAAUUUCUUUAUAACUGAAUAUACUCCACGUCAUUUGUACUUUUUACACACUAUGACAUGGCUGCUGAAUAUGUUUGGCAUUUUCUUUAUUUUAGCAGCUCAUGAGCACUAUAGUAUAGACGUGUUCGUAGCCUUCUACAUAACAUCAAGACUGUUUCUCUAUUAUCACACGUUAGCCAACAAUCAGGCUCUAAUGUCACGUGACUCGAAUCGAACACGUAUAUGGUUUCCAAUGUUCAGUUACUUUGAAAGUUCUGUGGAUGGAAUCAUUCCAAACGAAUACGAUUCCAUCGAAAAUGUCCUAAUGAACAUAUUCUCGUGUAUCUCGUACGUAAAAGAUUGCUGUAUGCUGACUGCACGUCGAUUCUGGAUAGCACACAAUCAACUAACACCGCUGCCGGCAAAAGUUAUCCGCCCGAACACUGCACUGAACAAUUUGCAUUUAAACAGUUCGUCCGGCAAUAAUGGGACGGGCAAUGGUAAUUUAUCGACAACUAACAAUGAUACAAGUACGGACAAAUUAGGGUCCGAUGAUAUUAAGAAACUAUUGAACAAAAAUAUUUAGAGAAAAUAUUUUUUAAACAAAAUUCGAAAUACUAACUGAUAUAGUAUUCCACAUACUUCCGGGGAUUAGUUUAGGGAUCGUUAUACUUUGGAUGUGUACAGAAAAGUAUUUGUUAUCGUGACCAUUUAUGAUUCAAAUUUUAUGUAUUUUCAUUUGUUGAUUAUUUUUGUUUUGUUUUUCAAAUUGAAAUUUGCCUUAGGUUACGUCUCUGUUUCCGACAAUUAUUGACGCUAAUUUGUCUUCCCGCAAGGUUUGUCGUCGAUUUGAUUUAACCUUUUACGAACGGCUGGCGUAUCGGCUCUUAAAAUUUCAUUUGAUCAAAAUAGCACCUUCGAUCAAACUCUUUCACUUUUGUAUAGUUUUCACAUACACUUUGUGAUAUACAUCAAAAUGUUAACCAGGGCUGAUGGUUCUUAGUUGUAAGAUCACCAGCCGUUUCUAAAAGGUUAUAGCUUCAACGUAUAAGAACUCAAUAUGUGAUGGUUGAAAUGCUUUAUCUUAGUUUAAAACAAUUUUUAACCGGUGACCGUGCACUCGCCUACAUAAAUUUAUCAUUCCGAUGCAUAGAGUUAUACUAUAGAGUGGUGGAAUGGUGGUAUGGAAUGUUUUCGCGAAUUUUCACGAUUUGAACCUCAAAAAUCACGAGAAAGCGAUUACAGGAUCUGCCACCCAUUGUCUUUAAAAAUGACAGCGCCAAAAUGACCAUCGCUUGAGUUGUCUAUGUUCCGAUGUAUUGCGGAUGUUCUGCCCUGUGAUAAUAACAUUGAGUAACCCUAGAGCUAAGCUCGAGCAAUUUGUUCAGCUCAAGCUUCUUUCAGACUUAUUUCCAGUAAUUCACGCCGUAUGUGCGCUUUAUUUGAAUUUGACCGAAAAAUGAACGAAAAAAAUAAAUUUUAACGCUUCCUUACACACAGCGACGUACGUGUCGAGUUUCUUUUGUUCUAAAUGACAUCUUUGAAAUAUAACAAAAUAAAAGAAAUUCGAUACGUACGUUGCUGUGUGAAGCUAAGGUAAUAUGAGAAUGUGACGAUUUAACGCUGCGUUAAAAAGGCCUUUUCACGUUCCUUUUUGAAUUGUCAGUGAAUUGUACGGCGUGAAUAGAUGAACCUUUUUUGAUUUGUAGGUUCAGAUCUGUUUGAUGGUGGGUCUGAAAUCGCUAGAUGAUUUUUAACUGUACUGCAGUGGUCGAGUGUUAAACAAUAAGGAACACCGUUCCAUUUUCUAUAACGACAUUCGGUGAUUCUAUACACCCGUAAAUUUUGAAAUACCCUAAAAAAAACCUUAAAAUAUGACGAGGGUGCAGUUGUUUUUAAUCUAGUGGGACAGAAUUAAAAUCUGUACUCAGCUGUGUAAUGCCACCGUUAUUCUUUUGAUAUAAUUGCUACUUCAAUGUUAUUUAGUAUUUUAAAUUUGUUAACCGACUAACUUCAAUCGCUUCUAUUGUCAAUUACAUCAAGAUUUACAUU